GCAUCGGAGCUUUCAAUUGGAAGAGACGGAUUGUCUGGUGCUUUUUCUGUGGAGAUGUGACGUGGAACAUCUUGGGUGUAUGCCGAGGGUGAACGGAAGUUUGAACGCAAGCAGAAUUGCCGAGACAUCUCCGGCCCACCUUCUUGCAUCGAGAAGUGCUUUGACGUGGCAAUCACACACAUAGCACGAGGCGCUCAAAUAAAGGCUAACCAUUGUUUAGGAAGAUUCCUAUUGCGCUCGCAGAGCAUGUUGAGAAGAAUAACCUUCAGGGCAAGCUCAAGUACAACCUGUUUGUUGGUGCGUCGUCUGGCGCCGAGACCGAGAAUCGAUGGGCGAGAAACAACAUGAUCAACCGCCGAUCGCCACACCAAGUCGGCAAAGAUAUCGCCAAGGGUAUUAACAAUGGCCAGAUCAAGUUCUGGGAUAAGCAUUUGAGUAUGUUCCCCGUGGACUUGAUGUACGGAUUCUACACCCUCGACAAGCCACAAAACCGUUUGGAUGUUACUAUCGUAGAGGCAUCCGCGAUCACAGAAGAUGGUGGCAUCAUUCCCGGUGCCUCAGUGGGCGCAACACCAGAGCUUGUGCAGAUGGCCGACAAGAUUAUCAUUGAAGUCAACACAGCUAGCCCCAACUACGAGGGGCUUCACGACAUCACAAUGACAGAUUUGCCGCCUAACCGAAAGCCAUACCUCGUCAUGUCCCCCGAGGAUCGCAUCGGUACCCCUUACGUUCCGGUCGACCCUGAGAGGGUCGUUGCCAUCGUUGAGAGUGACUACGCCGAUCAGACCCAGCCCAACACACCCGCGGACGAAACUUCCAAAGCCAUUGCUGGUAAUUUGAUCGAAUUCUUGGAGCACGAGGUCAGCAAAGGACGACUUCCUAAGAACCUUCUCCCCCUCCAGUCCGGUAUUGGCAAUAUUGCCAACGCAGUCAUUGAGGGCCUUGCUACAGGAGGCGCCAACUUCAAGAACUUGAAGGUCUGGACCGAGGUCUUGCAGGACUCUUUCCUCGACUUGUUCGACUCCGGCAACCUUGACUUUGCUACGGCUACUUCGAUCCGUUUCUCGCCUGAAGGAUUCGAACGUUUCUACAAGGGCUGGGAGAACUACGUACCUAAGCUCCUGCUUCGCUCGCAGCAGGUCUCGAACUCUCCUGAGAUCAUCCGUCGUCUCGGUGUGAUUGGCAUGAAUACCCCCGUCGAAGUCGACAUUUACGCCCACGCCAACUCCACAUGCGUCAUGGGCUCUCGCAUCCUGAACGGUCUCGGUGGCUCCGCCGACUUCCUGCGCUCCGCGAAAUACUCCAUCAUGCACACUCCUUCCACUCGCCCAUCGAAGACCGACCCCACCGGCGUGUCUUGCAUCGUGCCUAAGGUUACCCACGUCGACCAGACCGAGCAUGACCUCGACGUCGUCGUCACCGAGCAGGGCCUCGCCGAUGUCCGUGGCAUGUCUCCCCGUGAGCGCGCUAGGGUCAUCAUUAACAAGUGCGCGCACCCUGACUACCAGCCAAUUCUCCAGGACUACUUCGACAAGGCUGAGUUUGAGUGUCUGAGGAAGGGAUGGGGUCACCAACCGCAUCUGUUGUGGAAUGCGUAUGAUAUGCACAAGCACUUGAACGAGCACGGCACCAUGAAGUUGCCCAAGUGGGACUACUAGAGUGCUAUCAAUGUUAGAGCGUGCCAUUUAAUAAGAUGUUAAUCAAUUUACUGGGAACUUCCAGCUAGCAUUAAGAUUUUGGAUUACACGGUGAAUGUUUUCUAAUCACACGAGAAAUUGAACACUUGUGCAUUUGCCAAAUGAAGGACCACUU